AUGCGCUUCCUCAUCUGCCUCAGCUGGGUCUUGAACUUUCUCAUCUCUCUAGUGUCUGCCCAGGAUUACGACUUUGGUGUCGACGUGGUGUCUCUCACUCGUCGACAGGAUCCAAAUGCUCCCAUCGUCGUCAGUCGCCUCCCAUUGGCCUCCAACGGGAGCACACCCCUGAGGCUCGAAGUUCGCGACAUGAAGGCAGACAAACGCAAGUGGGAUCUGUUCAUUCUGGCUCUGAGUAUGUUUCAGUCAGUCAGUCAGAGCGAUCCCCUGUCGUAUUACCAGGUUGCCGGGAUACAUGGUGUGCCCUUCGUGACAUGGAAUGGCGUUGGACCAGCAGCAGGAGCGAGCCAGUCAGGUUACUGUCCACAUAGUUCAGUCUUAUUUCCAACGUGGCACCGGCCAUAUCUUGCCCUGUACGAGGUGAGCCAUUCUCAGAUCCAGACAGCCGGUCUCGGCACAACUCGUAUGCCAUUCUCGGGAGGAGAUACUAAAUCUCAUCUACAGCAAGAGCUGUUCAAGCUUGCCGAUGCUAUUUCCCGCAUGUUUACCAAUGUCACCGAACGCUUGCUAUAUAUGCAAGCUGCAUCGGACUUUCGAAUACCAUACUGGGAUUGGGCAUCUCCCGCACCGCCUGGCCAAAGCCACUUCCCAGAUGUCUUUUGGAAUUCUACAAUGGCUCAAUACGGUCCCAAUGGCGUUCAAGUCAUUCGUAACCCUUUGUACUCGUACUCGUUUCAUCCGUUGGAUGCAGAGGCACUCAUCUGGCCCCCGCUGAGUAGCUGGAAUGAGACAAAGCGAGCUCCAAACACCGACAUUAGUGAGCUGGAGCCCCCUUCGAUGAACGACCAAGUGAACUCUGCUUUGCUCGCCAAGUUACCAGAGAUACAGCAGCGUUUAUACAUACUCUUUUCUAGCUAUCACGAGUUCGAUUCAUUUAGCAACAAGAAUUACGCCGCCUCUCAGAAUCUCAGCCAUCUGGACUCCAUCGAGGCCGUUCACGACAUUAUUCACAUAUAUGGAGGCUCCAGGGGGCAUAUGACCUAUGUUCCUCUAUCUUCCUUUGAUCCGCUCUUCUUCUUGCAUCACGCCAUGACAGACAGGUUGAUAUCAAUGUGGCAGCUUCUCAAUCCCACGGCAUGGAUAACACCUCAAGUAUCAGGAGAGGCCACGUACACUGCGUUGAAAGGAACCAUGCAAAACUCCAGCACGCCCCUUACGCCCUUCAUGUCUUCUGCCGACGGCACGUUCUGGGAUUCCGACAUGUCUAGGACCACUGAAGUGUUUGGCUACGCAUACGGAGACUCGUCAGCUCUGCCUGGAGACAGCGAGAGCCCGCGAAACAAGUUGAUCAGGAAGAUCAACAAAUGGCUUGGGAAGAACAGCCCAGCCAUGAUUCGGGUCAAGAGUCAGGCACAACGGCGGCCAAGCGGGUUAUGGAAGGGCAAUCCAAGUGUCAAGGGCUUUCAGCCCAGCCUUAAAGCGGACGCGACGAACAAUGCAGCAGAUGGCCAUUACACAGAAUGGAUCACAAAUGUAUAUGUGAACCACGGGGCCUUGGACGGAUCAUUCAGCAUUUACUUGUUUGCCGGUCAGCCACCAGAGGAUGCUAGCACUUGGGGGAUUGCUCCAAAUCUCAUAGGAUCAGUUGGAAUCUUCACCAUGAGCGGAAUGAGCGGCUCCCAUUCCAAAAUCUCGGGGACAGUACCGUUGACCAUGGCAUUGAUGAGGCUUGUUGACCUAGAAGCGCUCCAAGAUACUGAGCCAAGCUCGGUGGUGCCGUUUCUUCAAAAGACUCUACACUUUCGUAUUGCCAGCAUUGAUAACAAGGAGGUCGAGCCAGAGCAGGUGAUGGGGCUCUACAUUGGCAUCAGCAGCAGUAGGGUGCGAUUGCCUGGGAGCGAUGUUGAAUUCCCGGAAUGGGGUCAACCAACUUUGAGGUUAACAGUAUGGGAGUAG